AUGGUAGUGUUCUUCCAGGUUUUAAACACACUCCACAGAACUACCUCACCACCUCCUGCCAACCCGGUCAGACCGCCUGGUGCUGUCACCGACUCCAUACGACUAGCGGGCAGUCUGCGUCCAGACAAAGGAUUUCUGACUAUAGGGAUCCCCACUGUUAAGCGGGACCAGAACGCCGCGUAUCUGACCACCACUCUAGACUCCCUGAUCAGCCACACGACAGAGGCUGAACGCAAACAGAUCGUCAUCGUGGUCUUCCUGGCAGACUUCGACACAGACUACAACAGGGAACUUUCCACGGAACUUUCCCGCAGGUAUUCUCGGCAUCUCAGCAGUGGGUUCAUGCAAGUCAUCCAGGCUCCGCGGUCGUUCUAUCCAAGUUUAGACAAUUUGAAAACUAAGUUUAAAGACAGCCCUGAACGCGUGCGGUGGCGAUCCAAACAGUGCGUGGACUACGCGUACUUGUUCCAAUACUGCCGAAACUUGUCCGAAUAUUAUAUGCAACUGGAAGAUGAUGUUAUUUCCGCCCAGAACUUCUUGACAGGGAUAAAAGAAUACUUGGAAAGAAUGAAGUCUUCUGACUGGACGGUGCUCGAGUUUUCUGGACUCGGUUUUAUCGGGAAGUUGUUCAGAUCCUCGGAUCUCCAGCGUCUGGCCGAUCUUAUUAUGCUGUUCUACCAGGAGUCGCCGGUGGAUGUCUUGUUUUUCUCGUUUCUGCACAUCGUGCAAGCGUCCGAGAAGAAAUUCAUACACAAGCCGUCCCUCUUCCAGCACGUCGGCUUACACUCAUCGCUGGCGGGAAAAAUACAAAAACUUACCGACAAGGGGUUCGUUCGUGGCUCGACGACACCGAAGAGAACGUACACGGACUCUGACAACCCACCAGCGGCGGUGAGCGCGAACAUGACCGCUUACAGGGAGUUCAAGCCGCAGCUUGCCUACGGCCCCGAAAUACGGUUCUUCUGGGCAGAAGCGCCGAAGGUCGGACAAGUUUUCGUCGUUCUUUUCGAGAAACCAGCGAGACUUUCCAGGAUCGUUAUAGAAACCGGCUCUGAAGAACAUCCAAAGGACAUCCUAGAGAAGGGGACUCUGGAAGUCAGCCCGCGGCUUUUGUCUGUGAACCAGCAGGAUAACACGCCGAACUGUGCCGACUACGUCAAACUCGGAAACGUCGAAAACGGAAGAUUUGAAGUGGCGACUCAGGGCACGGAAGGACUGGGGUCGCUUGAGGUGAAGUGUCUGAAGGUGACGGUCACGGGGGAGCAGAAGAUGUGGGUACUGGUGAGGGAGAUCGCCGUCUGGACAGUCAAGAAAUAAAGCACCCUCGGUGGCAUGGCAGGAUUUGAACUCGGGACCUCCUGGUUCCGGGCCAAGCACUCUGCCGUUACGCCACUCGGUAUGUGAUUUUAGGACGUAGCUAGGUACCUCGACCGAAUGUCGGUGUGGUCUCGUUCUAGAAUAUGGUCACGUUAUUCGGUCAUUACCGCUCACCUACCCGGAUAGGCACUGCCCUAAAACCACGUUCUGUGGACUACCUCUGACAUAGCAAUCGACAUUUCAUAGUAGUCAGCUGCUGAUCCCAACACGAGCAGGAGUGAGUGAGUUCCUUCUUGUGUUGGUACAAAGUUUAAACUCUACAACUAGUUAACUUUGUAUUCUACCAACACGUACGAGCUUUCUUCACCUUCAUUCCAUUUGAAGAGCUGCAGGGUUGUGUCACGCCCGGCCUGCACUGUUUUACACGGACGCCAGAUGUCGCUUCUGUAACGUCUCUUAUCCAUUGUCAGUCCAUAGUUAGUGUAGUUGUGCGCCCUUACGAAA